UGAGCUCACAGAUUCUUCACCUUCUCGUCUUUAAGAACCCGGGACGAGGGGUGGGGGGGAUCAAACAGAUGUGGAGAAACACGUGGUGCUGCAGACCCCUGACUCCCUCUCCUGUUUGACAUUUUUGUGGUUUUCUGAUCGUAGCCAGUGCAGGGAAGGCGUGACAUCAAGAGCUCAAGAUCUUUGUUUUCCACCACGGGCUUGGUGAGCUGCAGAAGACCGGAGAUACUGUCACCCAAAGGUCCGACAAUUUAAAGACAACCAAGAAAGUCCUUGGAAGUUCUCAGCUCCACCUGGUCCACCUUCUCCGCUCUCCACCGGUUUUGCUCCAAGGGAGCUCCCCUGAGCAAAUGUCGAACGAAUUAUAAACGAACGUAAAGGAACCUCACAGAAGCUCAAGCGGACACCAUGAAAGACGAUUUUGCCGAUGAGGAGGAGGUGCAGACCUUCGGGUACAAGAGAUUUGGAAUCCAGGAAGGCACCCAGUGCACCAAGUGCAAGAACGAAUGGGCGCUGAAGACUGCCAUUGUGCUGCUGUACGUGCUGUGCGCCUUGCUCACCAUCGCCGUGGCUGUCCUUGGCUACAAAGUGGUCCAAAAAGUGGACACAGUGACUGAGGGCAUGGAGAGCUAUAGGGGAAAGAUGACGGCAGUGGAGACGGACCUGAAGAAGCUUGAUAAUGAAGCUGGGGAGAAGUCAGAGAACACCACCAGCGAGAUCUUGGCUUUCAAGUCACACUUCCAGAGACUGCAGAAGCAGUUAAGCGACACCGCUGCCCGGGCCACCAGCAAUAAGAUGGCACUCGACAAGCUUCAGGAUGCAGGCGAGGACAUGCAGAGCAGCCACAGCUCCUUGCAGGAGGUGCUGGACAGCAACUCGGACAUGAUUCGUAACGUCAACCAGACCCUGCUCACCUACAGCACCUACAUCAGUGGACUGCAGGACGACACGGCGCGGCUGCAGACCGACCUGCACACUCAGGCCCGGGACCGGAGCCAGACGCUGGUUGCCAUUGGCAGCCUUAACCUGACACAGGCCCAGCAGCGGACACUGAUCGGUGCCCUGCAGAAGUCCGUGGAUGAUGCCAGCCAGGCCAUCCAGAAGCUCAAGAAUGAUUUCCAAGUGCUGCAACAGACAGCACGGCAGACGCAAGCCGAUGCUGACUGGCUCAAGGCAAAGGUACAAGGCUUACAGGCACUGGCUGCCAACAAUUCAGUACUAGCUAAGACCAACAAUGAGUCACUGGAGGACAUGAGUUCCCAGUUGGCCACCCUUGCUGGACAGGUGCAGAAUUCCUCAGUGACUAUGGAAAGCCAUGACCAGAGCUUGCGGGAGCUCAUGGACCAGCAGCGGGAUCAUGAUAAUGCCACAUCAGCCAAGUUCGGCAGCUUUGAGGCACGCCUAGAUAGUGCUGAAGAGAGCAUUGACCACAUUACCGGCAAUGUCAGCUUCACCACACAGUUGCUGGGUGCCAUAAAUGGUAAUCUCAAUGACCUGCGGACCUGCUCAGAGAUGGUGGGGCGUCACUCCGACUACCUUCUUGGCCUCAACAGCACGGUAGCAGAUGUCCGGGCCGACACCACCGCAUUGCGCACCCAGCAGGACGAACUGUCCGCUCGUCUGGAAAAGGAAGUAACCAGUUUAUCCAUUGUCAUGGAAGAGAUGAAGCUGGUGGACAGCAAGCACUCUCAGCUCAUCACCAACUUCACCAUUCUGCAAGGUCCACCAGGUCCUCGUGGUCCAAGAGGAGACAGAGGGCCCCAGGGUCCAGUGGGCCCAUCUGGCCAAAAGGGGGAGAAAGGAGACACAGGCAGCCCGGGCCUGCAGGGUUCCCGAGGAGAGAAGGGCGUCUCCGGACCCCCAGGUGUGCCAGGCUUUAAGGGUCAGCCUGGCUCUAGGGGAAGCCCAGGGCCUAAAGGCUCCCGAGGAUCUGGAGGAAGAGCUGGACCUCCAGGGACCAAGGGUGAGCCUGGUCCAGCUGGGCUCCCAGGAAGAGAUGGACAGGUGGGUCCCCAAGGUCCACCAGGGCCACCCGGAGUACGAGGACCACCUGGAGUUCCCGGAGAGCAAGGACCGAGGGGACCAAUAGGACCAAUCGGACAGCCAGGACCACCCGGACUGCCUGGAGUCCCUGGCAGGCCAGCUUCCCCGGUGGUCCCGGGGUCCCUCCAGAGCGAAGUCUCACAGCCCACUAGUAAACCCCUUGCAGGGUGUCCUCCACAGUGGCUCAAGUUCAAAGGUAAAUGCUACCUGUUCUCCAGCGAUACCCGUCCUUUCAACGAGGCGAAGAUCGCCUGCGCCGAAAAACAUUCCUCAAUGGUCAUCAUCAACAGUACGGAAGAACAGCAAUGGGUACAAAAGCAGAUAGUGGAUAAAGGUUAUUUCUGGCUUGGCCUGACAGACAUGGAGGAGGAAAAUGUUUGGCGCUGGGUGGACGGGUCACUGCCUACUUUCACGAACUGGAAGCCUGGCCAACCAGACAACUGGACACAUGGGCACGAGAAGGGCGAGGACUGCGCGGGCCUGAUCCAUGAAGGGCUCUGGAAUGACUUCUUCUGCGUCGAACACAAUGGCUUCAUCUGCCAGAAGGACGUCGACGGUUUGCAAGCCCCAGGAUUAUAGCGACUGCGGAGGUGGACAACAACACACUGAGAUGCUUCUACGAGGUUCAGACAGUACUGCUGAAUGCUCUGCAGGCCUUGAACAAUCUCUGAAGCCUUGCAACGCUAGAGACACCUCCGUGGCAUCGCGGCGUUGGCGCUGACGAGCGACACCGUCGGCGACGACAGACUAAACCCUACCUAAAAGGCUGGGCUCAUCUUGAAAACACACCUUGGCCCAUCCGUCGUCUUACAUUGGACACUGCCCUUCCCUGCGGCUUUCGAGGCGCAAAACAAAUGUACGGAGAUAUUUAGUUAAAAAUUAAAUUUAAGGAAUUUAUGUAGAUUUUUUUUUUUUUUUUAAAUUUUAUAGUUCUUCUGUGUUUGUCCAUGUGUUAGUGUUUAUAAUGGAAUUCCACCCAUAAAUAUAGUCCAUGCUUUAACCAUUUUCCAGAAUAUAUAUUUUCAUACAGAAGGUUAUUAAAAUAGUACAAUGGCUUUUUUUUUUUUUUUCCCCCCCAAUUCCAAAUCAACAAGAGAAAGGACUUGAUUGAAUGUCUUUUUAAAAAGUGACAGUGUUCUGGAAGUUUAACUACCAUCUAGAAAUGCUGUGCUGUUGUGCGCUCCUUGAGGACUGACGUUAACCCUCAAGCAUCAUCUGGCUAUAUAUAGCUACAUUAUAUUCAUGAAUUUAAAUAAAAUGCAAAUAUAUAUGUAGACAUUAUAACGAGAAGUGCAUUUGAUUUUAAUAAACAAAAUUGUGUAAGUUUACAUUUUCUACACUAUUUUUGUAUGUAAAAGAUUUUUAAUAAUAUCUAUGAUUGUGGAACAUGUAUAAUUUUAUGAAUUGUGUUGGAUGAGCUGUAUGCCAUUGACCUCUUAUGUAGACAAUCACACCAAGUGUUUCAUUCUGUAAUACUCAGGGAAAUGUUUAUUUCCUGUUUAGGUAUCUAUUCUCCAAAUUGCCAUUCCUUCAUGUUGAUUAUGCUUAGUAGGGGCCUUGCAGUUUGUAAGCCACCUCAGCCAUCCACCGUGCCAUUAGGCGGCCAAAUAAACACAUGUAAGCUAUCGAUCACGAAGCCGUAAUUUAUUUCGUCUCUCCUGCUCCUGUCGUAUAUGUGAAGCAGAGAUGAGGAACAUGGAGCGAACAAGGUGGAUCAUUAGUAUCGAGUCUAAUCAUUCAUAUCAUGCGAUUCAUAAGGUACAUUAAGCAUUAAAUUAUGCGAAAAAACGACAUGAACGCAAAAAAAAAAACCCCACAAAAUUAGUAUUCAAAUAUUUGCUCAAACAUUAUCAUAUAUGAACAUUUGUCACAGCACUUCCCUGGGUGCAGCUUUUUUUAGUAGUGUGAAAUAGAUAAUUCACCACAAUGAAGUGAUAUAAUAAAGUUAUCCUCCAAAAACACAAUAUCUGUGCAAUGCCGUUGUUCAAGAUCACACUCUUUCAUUUACAUGUGCAAUUAACAUAUUAAUCAACACGUAAAAGAACGCUUUUAGCACCCCUUUGCAAACCUUUCUGAAAUCACUUCUAAAAUUAGACGUUCACCGGCAAAUCUUCAGCAGAAGUUACAAACAAAUAAAAAAUUCCUGAGAUCAAUAAUGCUU